CAACCCCCGCGCCCCGGGGAACCUCCGCGAGCCAGAGAAGCGGCGAUGGAGCGGAGAGAACGGACUUGCUCGUAAGAAACCAUCGCCGGAGCUCCCAGCCCAGCGAUUGAAUUACUCUCCUCCAGCAAAGCCGUUACUUUAUCCCAAGAAAAACAGCCCGUGCCGGGCGAGCGGCAGCGCCAGCUCCCUCCGGCCAGCCGCGGGGCCCGCCCGGACCUGGGGCCGCCCCCCGGGGCCGGGCGGGGAGAGCCCCAGGCGAUGCCUCCCCCCGCCCCGACAGCUCCGUGAUUAAUGACCCAGCCGCCCGCCCGGGAAGGGGCGGUCGCUGCCGCCCGGGCUGGCGGGGGGGGGAGCCCGGCGGCCAGGUACGACCCGACCCCGCCGCACCCAUCGGCCGCGCCGUCUUAUAAGCGGCGCCGCGGGGCCGGACGCGGCGCGACGGGACGGGACGGGACGGGACGGGACGGAGGGGGCUGCGCCGGGCAGACCCGCUCCGGACGGGAACGGCCCAGGAUUUCAUCCGAUGUAGGCGUGAAGCUCCUAAAACAGAAAAUCCUACUUCAAGGUGCGCCCGAGGAAAUGAGGUUUUUAGCUGGGCAGUCACAGAAAAAGCCGCUCCCAACACGUGAAAGCCAGGAUCUGAGACACCUAGAAGGGCCCUCCCCGCCGGGGAAGUCACCAAUGGACUGUGGACACUUAGCUGAGGGCAGCGAGGAGAUCUCCAGCCCGGGCGUGGAGCCCGAUCCCCUGCUGCCUUCUGCGGCCGGCAGCAAUUCCUGCCCGCCCUCGGCGGCAGGACAGCGGGCCGGGGCACCUCCUGGCAGACCCGCCGCUGCUAAUGCCGCUCGAGAGCGCAGUCGGGUUCAAACCCUGCGCCAUGCCUUCCUCGAGCUGCAGAAGACUCUCCCCUCUGUGCCGCCCGACACCAAGCUCUCCAAGCUGGACGUGCUCCUCCUGGCCACCACCUAUAUCGCACACCUCACUCGCAGCCUUCAGGAUGAGGAAGAGUCACCGGGAGAGGCCUUGGGUACCCUCCGAGGGGAUGGAUACCUCCACCCUGUCAAGAAGUGGCCGAUGCGUUCCAGGUUAUACAUUGGAGCUACAGGACAGUUUUUGACUCACUCGGCACAAGGAGACAGUGCAAACCAAGGAGAAACAUCAACAACUUCACAAAUCUGAUCUCUCUUCUCGCUUUUAAAAAAAUUAUUUAUUACACCUUAUAUAUAUAUUUAAGUUAAAAAAAUAGCAUCUACAGACAAACUUUAAUUCCUGAAAUAUUGUUUGUAGAGGAGAAGGAAUUGAUUCUCAAAUGUAAUUAAUACCUCAUUAAGUUAAUGUGAUGCGUGAUUGGUUUCUAUCAUAGAGGACACUGCUGGGAUCUGAACUGGGGGAUUAGGAGAAGGCGACUGUGGUCAGCACUGACAUGGGAGGCGGCCGCCAAGGCAGAGCUGCUGGCAGAACAGGUAACCUCAUCCCCUCCGGGACAAGCGGUGAAUAGGUAUGCUGUGGAAAAGGGGGGAGAAGGAGCAGUGCAGAACUGGCUAAGUACAGCGCAGGCCAGGCUGGGGUGAAAAGUGAAGGGCAGGUCUAAAAAUAGCAAUGGACAUCCCACGUGCGCUCUCCUCACUGUGUGAAGCCGAUGGCAGAAAUCCCACUGACCGCAGUCGUCAGGUCAGGGCUUUGUCCUCCCGGUAAUCUUAAAUGUGUGUAGCUAUUCCUGAAAAUGUGGAUGCAUGUUCACCUCAAGUAAAGAUGUGCUGAAAUCUACCAUGUGUACAGACAGCGCUACAUACAACAGACACAAACUGCUCUGUGCGUUAAGUGUUGCUUGCAUUGAUCCAUACGGUUGUGUUGCAUGUGAGGGGGUUUGAAAUGUAUUUAAGUGUUACCCCAGUACAACUACUUGUCUGCUCAAGAUAUUGAGGUUUGUUUAUCUUGUCUUUUCACGCAUUCAUGCAUGGAAGCAAAUGAGUCCGAAGAGUUGGCUUGUUCAUAGCACAUUUUUCACUUAAACAUCUAUAUUUAGGCAAGAAAAGUUGCAACUAAAUGCACAAAUGCCACCUAAUGUAUCUGUUCUGUAAAACACUGUACUUCUCAUAUAGUUUGUUAUUGCUGAGGUAAACAUUUUAUUAAACAUUAUUCAGUGGACAUUAUGUAUUUAGUGAGUUGCAAAAUCUGUAUCAGUUUCUCAUUGUACAGGACCGAUGAUA